AUGAGUGAAAAUCGUGGCCUCCCAUUUUCUCUCGCCAACGAUUUUCAAGUUGAAAGGAUUCUUGGUUAUGACGCAAAACAAAAAUUAAUUGUCUUGUUGGGAAAUGUAAAUUCUGUGCGUACGAUUGUUCUGAUGGAAAAGACACAAUUUCCAAUCGAUUCCCAUGAAAUUAUUCAAGAUUGGAUGAGUUUAGUGGGAGAGCCUUCGGGAUUAGGAUUGCAACAAGUGAUUGGAAAUGAUAAAUAUUACAUGCUCAAUCUUCCAGUGAGAGCUUCCGAUGAUUUUAAUUUAAUUAAAUCAACCAUGUAUGUUUUUGGAUGA